CGAGUUGAUAACUUGUAGGUGAAAAUUAGAAUUAUAUCGUUCGUAUUCUCGAGUUUGUUCAGAAUUUGUUAGACUGCAAAAUGUUGAAGGCAAAAGAAUAUGUGAAGCUGUCAAGUGGCUACCACAUGCCUCUUCUUGGAUUUGGAACCUACACAAUAAGAGGCAGAGACCUCAUCCUCGAUGUUGUAGACGAGAGCCUUAAAGUGGGAUUUCGAUCGAUCGAUACCGCUGCAAGAUAUGGAAAUGAACGUGAUAUAGGCGAAGCCCUGAGAAUAUCUCUGCCUAAAUAUAAUCUAAAAAGAGAGGAUAUCUUUGUCACUACCAAACUCGCCCCGAGCGAUACUGGCUGUCCAGAAAAAGUUUACAACGCUGUAAAGAAUUCUCUCUCAGCAUUGGGACUCACCUACUUGGAUCUGUACUUGAUUCAUUGGCCUGGUGCCGGGGCCAUCCCGGAGAAUUCCACAGAGAACAUUAAACUGAGAGACGCAACAUGGAAAGUGUUGGCAGAGUUUCAAAAGCAAGGCAUACUUAGAUCAAUUGGAGUAUCUAAUUACCUCGUUAAACAUCUCAAAGAAUUGUUAGCGAAUGAUUAUGGCGUGAGACCUUCUGUUAAUCAAGUUGAAUGUCAUCCCCACUAUCGUCAGGAUGAACUAAGAACUUAUUGUAAUAAAGAAGGAAUUCAUGUUCAAGCUUAUUCCUCUUUAGGCACAAGUAAAUCUAACGAACUGCUCCAGGAUCCAACAGUCAACAGCAUUGCCAAAGAAUACAAGGUAUCUCCAGCUAGGGUUCUAUUAAGAUGGGCACUGCAACAGGAUAUCGGAAUCAUACCAAAAGCUGCAAAAAUAGAGCACAUCAGAGAUAACAUCGAUCUAAACUUCGUCAUAAGCGAUCAGCACAUGAAAACAUUGUCGAGCUUACCUCAAAAAAAAUAUACAUGGGAUCCAACCAACGUCUGUUAAGAGAUACAAAAGUGAACAUGGGCUUGGUCUAAAUGCAGAAUGCUUGCAAUG